UUCCGCAUAUUAGAUUUUCGUUUCGUUUACACGUCAGACGUCAGUUUUCUGUGGAUAGCCGGUUGCUUAGGCUACCUUAAAAAGGAUUCUUUUGACUUUUUCAGCUUAAGAAAAAUUAUAGAAAACCAGGGUUCUGAAAAAUGUUUCAUAAAGAAUUUCGCGCAAUCAUUUUUCAAAAUGUACUCAUUUUGUGUGCGUCAGCAGUUCUCUGGAAACAAACUACGGUUACUGCUACCCAAGUAACACGUCCGCGAGGAGUUUCGUUAGCAAGAGCUUCUCUUUAUAGCCCAGAUGCUGAUUUUACUUGCUUAGAUGGCAGUGCAACAUUCCCUUUUAGAUAUGUUAAUGAUGAUUACUGUGACUGUCAGGAUGGUAGCGAUGAACCAGGGACUUCUGCUUGCCCCAAUGGCUCAUUUUAUUGUCGUAAUUUAGGCCAUGAAGCAAUGAUUGUUCCUUCUUCUCGGGUCAAUGAUGGGAUCUGUGACUGUUGUGAUGCUGCUGAUGAAUACCAGUCAGGUGCCAAUUGUGUCAACACAUGUAAAGAACUUGGUUCAGCAGCCCAGGAAGAAGCCCAAAGAAGAUAUGAGUUGGAAAGUCAAGGCUAUGCCAUCAAGUUGGAGUACAUUAAUAAGGGAAGACAAGCUAAACUUUCUCAACAAGAGAGGAAUAUGGCUUUGAAAGCUGAACAAGUGGAGGCAGAAGCCCUGCGUGCUGAAAAGGAAAGGGAGAAACAUGAAGCAGAAGAGCCUGAAAGGCAAGCCCUAGAUAAAUAUCGUCAAAUUGAACAAGAAGCUGUGAAAGAAAAAGAGGAAAUUGAAAGAUCCAAGCAAGAAACUGAGGCUUCCAAAGCAUUUGAUUGGCUAGACAGCAAUCAAGAUGGUAAGCUUCAAGUCGAGGAACUUCAAACCCACGUAGCGUUUGAUCAGAAUCAAGACGGCACAGUCACUGUUGAUGAAGCCAAAUUCUUUUUGCACAACGAAGAAGAAAUGGAAAAAAGCGAUUUCAUCGCUACCGGUUGGCCUUUGAUUAAACCCUUUGUCAUGAAAGCCCAAGGCUUGGAAAACCCAUCACAACCGGAUCAGCAAACUGGAGAAAUCCCACUGCCUGAUGACCAUCAACAAGACGAAUCUAUGCCAGAAACUGAGGGAGAAGAAGAAGAAGACGAGGAACACGAAGAAGAAGCAGAACCGGUGAAACCUUCCCCUGUUACUCCUAAUUCAGUGGAAUAUGAUGCCGAGACACAAGAGCUUAUCGAAGCGGCCAAUAAAGCCCGUAAUUCUUAUGACGAAGCUGAUCGACGACUGAGAGACCUCGAGCGAGAAAUCCGUCAGUUGGAAGAAUCCAAUUCCAAAGACUACGGCCCGAACGAAGAAUACCAGCCGAUGGACGGUCAGUGCUACGAGUAUAGUGAUAGGGAAUACACUUACAAAUUGUGCCCGUUCGAUAACGGGAGUCAACGUCCCAAACAUGGCGGUAGUGAGACUCGUCUAGGAUCUUGGGAUUCUUGGGAUGGUCCCGCAGAAAACAAAUACGGCGCCAUGAAGUAUGACAAAGGAGUUCAAUGCUGGAACGGUCCCCAGCGGUCUCUCAAGGUUCACUUGUCUUGCGGAAUGGAGAAUCAACUCCUUUCCGUUUCCGAGCCUAACCGUUGUGAAUACGAAAUGAAAUUCACGACGCCUGCUGCCUGUGGUGAACCCAAGAAACCCGACGAUGGUGAUUCGGAAAUUCACGACGAGUUGUAAAGAGUUCUGAAUUACUGUGCAGACAACUUUAUUUGCUUUCCAAGCAACAUUCCUUUUGCAAUACACUUACAAAUGAACUUA